UGUGAGUCGCGCUCAUUCUUAGCCGAGACAGCGUUCAGUACGGUUGUACGUGCCGAGAAAGUAUUCCGCUAUCAUAAGCGAUCGUUGACGAGUAAGCAGUGCUAUUGCUUAAAAAGGGAAUACCUCUUUAGUGGCUUGGUGAAAGAGACACGAGUGUGAACGAAGAGAGGAAUCAUGGCUGACAGUGGUAUCAAACGUAAUAUUCCCAUCAAGCUUGGUGACUUCAGCGUGAUCGACACCGAGUUUUCCAACAUACGGGAACGCUUCGACGCCGAGAUGAGAAAGAUGGAGGACGAGAUGUCACGGUUCCGUAGUGAGAUGAUGAAUCGUGAAAGCAACAACUUCUUUAAAACCUCCACCAGUCGGCAUCACUCGAGCAGCAGCGAACACCGUACGUCGAUGACCUCGAAGACCGGGGGUUGGGACAAGGUUGACUCUGCACCACCGCCAAAGCGGUCCGCAUUCGACAGCUUCAAAAGUACGACCACCCAGAGCACCCAGAACAGCAGUUCUCUGAGCCCUCAACACGAGUCCACCUGGCUGGAUGGCCUCAACAGCCCCCUCAUCCAGGACGAAGGCGACAACAAGAAGCUCAAGCUGCGAUUCGACGUCUCCCAGUACACCCCCGAUGAGAUCGUGGUCAAGACUGUGGACAACAAACUUCUGGUCCAUGCAAAGCACGAGGAGAAGACGGAGAGCAAAUCGGUGUACAGGGAGUACAAUCGCGAGUUCCUGCUGCCAAAAGGAACCAACCCCGAGAGCAUCAAGUCCUCGCUGAGCAAGGAUGGCGUCUUGACAGUCGAGGCUCCGCUUCCAGCGAUCGGCCAGGGCGAGAAACUCAUCCCGAUCGCGCAGCAAUAAAAUUACUAAUUUACCUGGAGACGAACGCACAAGAACGAUCCACGAAAUCUCCCUCAGAGAUUCCAGCAUUCUCGUGCGUUCGUCAGAUCGCUCCUUCCUGUCCCUGCCGCCAAUUCCUGUUGUAUGUCCACAAUUUUCUUCUCUUUUCUUUCAACGAUUUCUUGUUUAUUUUUCUUCCAAAUCCAUAAGUCAUUUCUUCAUCUACGAUUUUCAAUUGCCGUUAAUGUUCUUCCCCCCAAUUUCCUGUCCGAAACGAAACGGAGGUUCCAUCGAACGGAGCUGGACAGAGAUUGGCAAAGAUUUCGAGUAACCAAUGAUAAAUAAACGUUCAUCUAUUACUCGUUGAGUAAAAGCAAAAAUUAUUGAUAAAGGUGUUGCCUAUCUCUGGAAUCCUGAAAGGAUUUGUCGGCCAUUUUGUGCUCCUCUUCGAAGAUCGAAUCGGGCAGCUUUUUUUACGGUCAAAUAUUUAUGCUGGGAGAUAAAUCGUGACACGAAGGAUAAUCAAAUUUCGAGUAAAAGAGAUCGUUUAUUCGAAGGACGAAAAUAAAAUGAAAUGUAGGGAUAUGUAGGACGUCGCGGGAACGUGUUCGACAUCCACGAGACAUACCGCCUAAUUUUGUAUAAAACUUUAACCUAUAGGUGUUUGAUAUACGCAGUGUUUCUUUAUUUUCGACCAGCUUUGUCGCUUUGACAGUUCUUCGAGGUACACGUGUUUUCAUGGUUGUCAAUCGAUGGAACCCUCGACCAGCAGAGAAUCAAAUUACGAAACGGUAUGAAUACCGUGCUGUUGCGAGUCUGUGGUCGACAUAAAAUAAACAAAUGAAUAAAUAAAUAAAUAAAUGUGAUCGUUAAGGUCUAAACGAUGCCUGUGCGUCGUGUAAGUGUAGAGAAACGGUGUUUGAUAAAUUAUUUUUCCUUUUGGUACGACCAGCUUUUACGACGCUUUGAUACUUCCUUUUUAGAAGUAACACAAACAUUUUUUCCGAAACACGCAUUGCCUUUGAAAGUGUAUCUUUAGAUGUCGUUUCGCGAGAGACGCCAAGAGAAGAAAACAAAAACGCACAGAAAACAACACAUCGCGUAAUUGUGCACAAAAAAUUCUAUGGAACGAUUUAAACCACGAACGGAAGGCGAUCUUCUGUAAACGAUAACUUAUGUAUGUGUUAGUUUUUAGGUGUACUACAUUAAAAGACUAUAACACGAGAAUGCUUAGGCUAUGUAAGCAUUGUAACGAUUAUUAUUAUUAUUUAUGAAUAUUUUACUAUUAUCGAAGAUAUACGUAUAAUGUUUAAAAGGUAAUGCGAGCAAUGUGGAAGUUUAAAUAAAAAUAAACUUUGAAAGUA